AUGAAGCAACGGAUAAAAGAAACUGAAAUGAUGAAAUUAAGAACUCAGCAGCGAAAAACCACAGACACAUAAACAAAAAUGGUGGAAAAUGCUUUUUUCUGAUAAUCCCAACUGCCGUUUUUGAUUUGGACAAAAAGUACAAGAAUUAAAUUCGAUCGAGAGAAAGGCAGAGUAGCGCCUUGUUUGUUCCAUUAAUUCUCCCGUUUCUGUGAUAUGCAGUGACGGAUAGCUUCGAAACCAGAAGACGGCCAUUCCAGUUUUUGAAGAAAUUUGAAUCGGCGGACAAGAAGACAAUGCCGCUUCGAUUAUUCGUUGAUCGGAACGCGAUUUCGUGGAAGCAGCCAUGGAGGUUUAAUGGGUAAUUUUGUUGCUUCGUUUUUGCCUUAUCUGAAUCUGGUUGAAUCUGAGGAAUAUUUGCUUUAUGAAUGUAUUGGGAUUGGGAACAGAAUGGGAGUGGAUUUUACAUUGCUUGCUUCUUGUUUUCUUAAAUUGUAAUGUUUUUCUGUUUGUUCAUGGAACAUUUGAACUGGAGAUUGUUCUUCAUUCUUUGAGUGAUUGAUUCUUUUGUUCUUGAACAAGAUGUUUGGCUGGAGAGGUGGAUUGUUUGUAGAACUGGUUGUUUUUGCAGAUAUGUGUUUUUUAGUGUCUGGUUUAGGUUCAAUGUCUCCUGUUGCUGUGUCUUAUGGCGAGAAAGGGCCUGUUUUCUGUGGUUUAAAGUCAGAUGGGUCUAGUCUUGUGAGCUGUUUUGGUUCAAAUUCAGCCAUAACUUAUGGAACCCCUUCUCAUUUCCCAUUCAUUGGUCUUACUGCUGGUGAUGGGUUUGUUUGUGGGCUUCUUUUGGAUUCAAACCAACCUUAUUGUUGGGGAAGUAGUGGCUAUGUUCAAAUGGGUGUUCCUCAGCCUAUGAGCAAAGGAGCUCAAUAUCAAGAAAUCAGUGCUGGUGAUUAUCAUCUCUGUGGACUUCGAAUGCCUUUGACUGGAAGGCGUAGGAACAUGUCUUUUGUGGAUUGUUGGGGAUAUAACAUGACUAGAACCUUUGAGUUUGAUGGCCCUAUUGAGUCGAUCUCGGCGGGGUCUGAGUUCAAUUGUGGACUGUUUUCUCUUAAUAGAACUGUUUUCUGUUGGGGUGAUGAGACAAGCAGCCGGGUGAUCAGUUUGAUACCUAAAGAUAUGAGGUUUCAAAAGAUUGCCUCUGGUGGAUAUCAUGUUUGCGGGAUUCUAGAGGGCAUGCGGUCGAGAGCGUUCUGUUGGGGAAGGAGCUUAGACAUUGAAGAGGAGAUUUCGGUAGCAUAUUCGGGUGAAGGAAAUGUAGACUUGGUUCCUGUUGAUCCAUUAGCUUCUGUUGUGGGGGGCAAGUUCCAUGCCUGUGGGAUCAAAAGCUCGGACCGUGGUGUGAUUUGUUGGGGCUUUACAGUCAAACCGAGUACUCCGGCACCGGAUGGGAUUAAAGUUUACGACAUUGCAGCUGGCGAUUACUUCACCUGUGGAAUUCUAGCUGAAAAAUCUCUCCUGCCUGUCUGCUGGGGGCUUGGAUUUCCUACUUCUCUACCUUUAGCUGUCUCUCCUGGAAUCUGUAAAGCAACUCCUUGUUCUCCGGGUUUCUACGAAAUAAGCCAAGACAAAGCUCGGUGUAAGUCGCCAAGUUUUCAUGUUUGCAUGCCCUGCAGUACUGCUUGCCCUCCUGGGAUGUACCAAAAAUUUGAGUGUUCCUUAAAAUCUGAUAGGCAGUGUGAGUAUAAUUGUUCAAGUUGCUUUUCUGGUGAAUGCAUAUCAAACUGUUCAUCUAUGAUAUCAAAUGGUUUGUUGGUGAAGAAAAAUGGUAAGCUCUGGUCUAUGCAGCUGCCAGUUCUUGUAGCUGAGAUUGCUUUUGCUGUGUUUUUGAUAGCUAUUGUGUCAAUAACUGCGAUCUUUUACGUUCGAUACAAGCUACGGAAUUGCCAUUGCUCAGGAAAGGAGUUGAAGUCGAAGAAGAACAAAGUGACAGCCUCUGCCUUCCAGAAGGAAAGCUAUAAAAUACGUCCCGACUUAGAUGAGCUUAAGAUAAGGCGGGCUCAGAUGUUCACCUAUGAAGAACUCGAGAGAGCAACGUGUGGGUUUAAGGAAGAGUCUAUCGUAGGAAAGGGGAGUUUCUCUUGUGUUUUUCGAGGUGUUUUGAAGGACGGGACAGUCGUAGCAGUCAAACGAGCUAUAAUGUCUCCUAAUAUGCAGAAGAAUUCAAAAGAGUUCCACACUGAACUUGACUUGUUAUCAAGAUUAAACCAUGCCCAUUUGCUUAAUUUGCUUGGUUAUUGUGAAGAAGGUGGAGAGAGGCUUCUGGUUUAUGAGUUCAUGGCUCAUGGCUCCUUGUACCAGCACCUCCAUGGCAAGAACGAGACCUUAAAAGAGCAAUUAGAUUGGAUAAGAAGAGUUACAAUUGCAGUUCAAGCAGCCAGGGGAAUCGAAUACUUGCAUGGCUAUGCUUGUCCUCCCGUCAUUCAUCGAGACAUUAAGUCGUCAAACAUUCUCAUCGACGAAGAGCACAAUGCUCGAGUCGCUGAUUUUGGCUUGUCAUUGUUGGGACCAACAGAUAGUAGCUCUCCAUUAGCCGAGCUACCAGCUGGGACACUUGGCUAUCUCGAUCCCGAAUACUAUAGACUUCAUUACCUUACCACAAAGUCCGAUGUGUAUAGCUUCGGUGUUUUGCUACUAGAAAUUCUCAGUGGUCGAAAAGCCAUUGAUAUGCAAUAUGAAGAAGGUAACAUAGUAGAAUGGGCAGUGCCUUUGAUAAGAUCUGGAGAUAUAUCUGCAAUUUUAGAUCCGAUAUUAAAACCGCCCUCCGAUAUCGAAGCCUUGAAGAGGAUUGCAAAUGUAGCUUGCAAAUGUGUGAGAAUGAGAGCUAAGGAGAGGCCAUCAAUGGACAAAGUGACAACUGCAUUAGAGCGUGCUCUUGCCCAACUGAUGGGAAGUCCGUGUAACGAACAACCGAUCUUACCAACUGAGGUGGUUUUGGGAAGCAGCAGACUACACAAAAAGUCAUCUCAAAGAUCAUCGAACCGUUCAGUGUCUGAAACGGAUAUAGCAGAAGCUGAGGAUCAAAGGUUCGAGUUUAGAGCUCCAUCGUGGAUUACCUUCCCGAGCGUGACGUCGUCCCAGAGGAGGAAAUCCUCAGUGUCAGAAGCAGAUGUUGAUGGAAAGAAUUUGGAAGGAAGAAAUGUAGGGAAUUGUGGAGGUGUUGGGGAUGGAUUGAAGAGUUUAGAGGAAGAGAUUGGGCCUGCUUCCCCUCAGGAAAAGCUGUUUUUGGAGCACAAUUUCUAAAGUUGACAGACUCUUCAAAACAAAAAAACAAUCAAAAUUCCAAAGCUUUUUGAGUUUUAUUUUCUCUAACAACUUACUUUUUUGCUGUUGUAUGUUCCAGUUUGUGAAUACCCAUUUCUUUGAACAUCCUUA